UAGAGAAGAGCGCGAGAUAGAAAUCCAGGAGCGCGGAGGAAACGCGUUCAGCUCCGCUGCCUCCACCGGCUACACACCGACAACCAGCCUCCGUGACCACCGCUCACUGGGUUACACACCGUAUGAACACUUUAAGGACCGGAGGACAUACAUGAGGUGUAACGGCAGCAGGACUUCCCACCGUCGCAGCGUAAACAACAGAAACAGAGGGAAAUGUCCUGGUGGCCGCGCGGGGAGGAUGGGGAGGAGGCCAUGGUCCAGGACACUGACUCUGAUGUGGCCGAGCAGAGGGACGGUGGCAGGGUCAAGGUGAAGUGGAAGCAAGAGGAGGAUGACAAGCUCAAGGCUCUGGUUCAGAAACUGGGACCAACUGAUUGGAAAUAUUUUUCCAGCCACAUACCGAAUCACACUGAACUCCAAUGUCAGCAUCGCUGGUUUAAGGUCCUGGACCCAGAAUUAAUUAAAGGCCCUUGGACCAAAGAGGAGGAUGAUAAGGUGAUAGAGCUUGUAAAUAUCUACGGCAACAAGCAGUGGGCAAUGGUAGCCAAGCAUCUGAAAGGCAGACUGGGGAAGCAGUGCAGAGAACGCUGGCACAACCAUCUCAAUCCCAAUGUGAAGAAGUCCUCGUGGACAGCCGAGGAGGAUCUCAUCAUCUUCAAAGCUCACAGUCUGUUGGGAAACCGCUGGGCUGAAAUCGCAAAGCUGCUCCCUGGAAGGACAGACAACGCAGUGAAGAAUCACUGGAAUUCAACCAUCAAACGGAAGUUGGAGAUGGGCUUCUAUGCCGGGGAGGUCUUAAAGCCGGAAGAACUUGAAGAGAUGUUGGCCCGUGUGGAUAAGGAUGGGCAGAUUCCUGGUUGCUCUCAGGAUGGUGAUGAAAAUGACCCAGAGCAGAACACACAUACUCCAGAGAUGUCAGUCCCAGCCCUCGAUGAAGCAGGGCCGUCCAAGGCUGUCCUCUCUUCAAAGGGCAGCUGUUCCAUUAAGACAGAAGCAGACGCCUCAGUAGAAGUUACCCGCUCCAGCUGGGUGGCGGACAGCUCUGGCUUCCUCUCCCCUGCUGACCCGGGCCUGAAGGAGUUGAUGGACAUGGAGGAUGAGGAGAUGUCAGUCCCAGCACUUGAUGAAGCCAGCCCCAGCCCCAGCGAAAGCGGGACGCCCAAGUCUGUCCUCUCUCCAAAGGGCAACUGUUCCAUUAAGACAGAAGCAGACACCUCAGGAGAAGUUACCCGCUCCAGCUGGGUGGUGGACAGCUCUGGCUUCCUCUCCCCUGCUGGCCCGGGCCUGAAGGAGGUGAUGGACUUGGUGGAUGGGGACCUGGAUGGCUGGUGCAACCUCGCAGCCUUCGACCUGCCCGAGGAGAGUCCGAGCCCCGAGCGCCACCAGUUUCGUCUGGAGGGCAGUGCAUUGCAGGAGUUGAGCAAAGGCAGCAGAGGGGAACUCAUCCCCAUCUCUCCAGGAGGCGUGACUCCACCCUCCUCACUGAACCGCAGAAGCCGGAGAUACAUCACCUUGUCUCCCGAUAACAACUCCAUGACUCCCAAGAGCACUCCUGUCAAAAUCUUGCCCUUCUCUCCAUCUCAAUUCCUCAACAUGUGGACCAAACAGGAUACACACGACCUGGAGAACCCGUCCCUCACGUCCACGCCUGUGUGCAGCCAGAGGGCCCUUGUUAGUACACCACUGCAGCGAGACAAAACGCCCCUCACUCAAAAGGAGAACUCGGCAUUUGUGACACCCAACCACAAGUCUGAUCUCUGCGAGACACCACGAACUCCAACGCCGUUCAAAAAUGCCAUGGAGAAGUACGGCCCUCUGCAGCCUCUGCCUCAGACUCCAAACCUUGAGGACGACAUAAACGAGGUCAUCCUAAGAGACGCCGGAAUUGACUUGGGGUCUGUACGUUUCUCUCCGCACGAGCAAAGACGCAAAACAAUGCAUCGACCUACAAAGAAAGUUCGGAAGUCGUUGGCCCUAGACUCCAUGGACUGCCAAGUAACAAAGCGCAAAUCUAUGAAGACUGAAUUCAAUCACAGCAUCAAGGAAGAACCUGUUACGGUUCCUCUGAACUCCUCGUCAUUGUGCAGUAAGAGGCAUGACAAUAUUUUGGAUCAAGGCUUCCUUCUGGGACCAAGUGACAGUGCCAUAUUUCCCAGCACGGUGCCCCCAGUUCCUAUGUCGAAAGAGUGGGAAAGGGUUGUUUGUGGACAAACUAAAGACCAGCUCAUAAUGACAGAGAAAGCCAGGCGCUACCUUCGAUCUCUAAAAUCCCACGCACCCAACCGGGCUCUGAUUCUGUCCUGAGACGUCUCAUCUUUCCACCAACAUGUCGCACAUACAGUACACAAUGUUUGUACCUGGCAUUUUUAAUGUUGGAGAAAAAAAACCCAUGUCAUGAGUAGGUUAAGCACAGUUUUUGAACGAGUCAUUAGCCAUCAAAACAAUAACAUUAUAUAGCUCAAUCAAUAAUUCGAGAGAGAACUGUACUUUUAGAUUUAGCCUCGCACCAGUGACCUUCACAAGACUGGAAGCUAGAAUCACAUUUCAUUGUGUUUCCUGUUAAACGUGUGUUGAAAAGAACAAUGAAUGUAAAAUAUCAAAAUCACGACUCUUUACCUUUGCUACCUGAAAAGACAUCGUUUUACCGUGGUAAUUUAACAGUGUUUUAAAUUGUGACCAGUACAAACACUCGGGUUGAAUUUCCAUGUCUAUAUUUGUAAUAUAAUAUACUGUAGGUUUGAUUAAGGAGUAAAUUCCAACAGGUUGAUCUGUGAUGCAUUUAAUGCACGCACAGUCCUUGUUGAAAUUGUUAAUUGAAGAUUUUCUUGUUCAGAUCUGUUUAGCUAAUUUAUAGAUAAAUGAAAAGCAUUAUCAAUGACCUCAUCGGGGGAAAUUUGAUGACUGCUGAAAAAUGUUUUGUUUUUAUGCAAUAUUCAAAUAUUUGAUGUUAUGGGGCAUGGAAGCUGUUCUGACCUUUGAUGGUAAUUAUGUUAUGUAAUUUGGCACUGUUUGUAAAUAUUUGCUGUUGUAUGCGUUUACUUCCAUCAUACAACAUUUUGCCAAGAAAUGCAAUAAAACAAAUGUUGCUUCUGCCUAA